AUGGCCAGUUUAGUCAACAAAGACUCUUACCUGCAGAAAUUGGCCAAGAAAAUUUGCACCCAGGAAGCCCCCGAGCUACGAAAAAGGAAAUUCGGUACAAUUAUCUGAUUCUGUCAUUUACUUAUUUAGAUCAGGGUUUUUUGUAGUAGUGCAGCCUCCUUAGUUAUUGUAAUUAUUUUCAUUUCUUUAUUUCACAGGACUUAUAUACUGCUUGUGAUGAGACCUCAAAGUGGUGGUACUUAAUGUUUUCCCUUAUUUUAACCACAGCUCAUUUUAGAUUAUAAUCUGCUCAGGAAAGGGUCCUGAUGCCACAAUGGAAUGACAGUAGUGUGUUUUGAAAAUGCAGCUUGGAAAAAUUCAGUUGUCUUGUCUUGGUGCUUCCUGCAGACCUCCAGAAGUUGCUGGACUACAACUCCCAUCGUUCCUGAUACUGGCUAAGGUUGAUGGGAGUUGGAGUCCAGUAACAUCUGGAGGGGCUUCUAAUAUGUAUGUUCUUAGGCAUUUACAGUGCUCGGGUUGCGAAUGUGAUCUGUGCGGGAUGCACAUUCACAACCUGCAGUGGCGCGUCUGCGCACACAUGUGUUGCGAUUUGGCGCUUCUGCGCAUGCGCGACCACCAAAACCCGGAAGUAACCCAUUCCGCUUCUUCCGGAUUUCGGCGGUGCGUAACCUGAAAAAACACAACCUGAAGCGGCUGAAACCCGAGGUAUGACUAUAUUCCUUGCAGAAAUGUUUGCACAGCAUCUUAUCAACCAGAUUGCUGGUUGUUUAAUGAAGUCUUGUGUCUCUGCCUUCAAACAUUCCCAGGAACUGGACUGGGAGACGAUAGCACCCAGCCAAAGAAGAAGAGGAAGAAGAAACAAAAGAAGCAAGGCAAGAUAGUGGGCACCUCUCUGGGCAAGCAGACAGCACCUGGGGGCAGCCAAGCAUCACCAGCCAAGCCAACAAAUGCCAGUAUUAAGAAAUCUGGCCCAGUUAUCCAUGCUGCACCCAGUUCCAGUGGAUCUCAGACUACUGGGGGGAAAGGGGACAGAAGCCAAAACGAUGUUGCAGGUGAGAGUUUUUCUACAGCCGGUCAGUUAAGCUACUGGGCUGGGUUCUCACAUAACUCUAAGCAAUGGUUUAGUAACCCAUAUUUUAGCAUUAUGUGUGAACCAGGCCACUGAGUUUAGCUGAGUUGAGUUUAGCAGAAAUUUGGGUUGGGACACAGGUCACAUUCUUUCUCCUGUUUUCCCUUACAGGUGGUGACAAGAGCACAGCCAGCUCAUUUUCAGCCAUGAAUCUCUUGCGGCAGAGACUGCAUGAGAAGAUCCAAGAAAUCUCUGGCCAGGUAAGAUCAGCACCCUCCUUUAAAAUGUUGUCAAGAUGUGGAGAAAGCCUGGAGAAUCCAAAGCCAAUUUUAGGCUGUAGGCAUAAGCCAGCUUAAUUUGGGAGCAAGCCUUGUUUAGGGCAGUGGAACUUGCUCCUGAUUAAACACCCACAGAAUUGCACUGUUAGAUGUGUGGUGGAAAUAUUCCUAUGCCUCUAGUAUUCUGGUUCGAGUUGAUAUCAUACUGGCUUCUGCUCUACCUUGAUUUGAACUAAAACAGUUCACCCAUCUUUGGAGGCCAGAUUUUGGAGGAUGUGAUGGGGGGUGGUUGAUGUAUAAUAGGGGUGGGGGACCUAUGGCUCUCCAGAUGUUGAACAGCCAGCUUCCAUCAGCCCUAGCCACCAUUGCCAGUGGUCAGGGAUGGUUAGAAACAUCUGAAGGGCUACAGUUGAGUGUAUAAAUGUAACACACUCUUCAGUCAGGCCUGUUUGUACUUUGUGAUUCUGUUCAGACAUAGCAUGGGUGAGAAAUAUUUGGGUGAAAAAAAUCAGCUUUUUAAUAAUCUUAGCUUUACUGUUUUCACUCUAAAAAGCAAGUUUGUAGAUCACAUGGCUGAAAAUAUAAGCUUAUAGCAAUGCAUUCUAAGCUUCCAGUGUCCUAUGCAUCUUACCCCUCCCCAUGACAAAGAUAGGCAGUGAUCCUAAGGAUAAGCAUGAGCCUAAGUAAGCAAAUGAAGAACCUUUCUGUUGGUUCAAGGAGAGAGAAAAAGGGUAUAUAAAAAUGAGAAUUCCUAGAUACCAUGAUCCAAGUUUGGGGCAAGUGCUCUUUGGCAAGAGAACACCAGCAGAGAUUUGAAAUAGAAAAAUACACAACAAAGUAAAGUAUGGAAAUAAGGGUUUUUAGACUUUUAAAAUAUGCCACUUAAAAUGAGUUCCAAAGUUUCCCUCUUUCAGUAGCUUAGAAAAAGAACACAUUUGGCAAAUUAAAAAGUUUAUUUACAAGCUCUCCAAAUGUCAGAUUCAUGUGCUUUUCCAUACAGCAUUCAGAAAAAGCUGCACAGGCAGUAAAAUGUGGCUUAAUUACAAUGGUGCAAGUUCCUAAAUCAUUGGUAUAGGAACUGAAGAGUGACUUGUGAAAGCUGAGCAACCACCACAUCCUCUUACACCUGAACUGCUCAGGUAAACUGGGAGAGAACAAAGCCUUGAUUAUCCAGUCUCUCCCAAAGUGAGCUAAGCACAUUGAUUAUAUGAGGCUAGUUAUCCCACAGUUCCAAUAACUUUUGCAGUAUUUAGGUUUUUUCUGUAAACAUGUGUAAUACAGUCAUACCUCAGGUUGAAGUAGCUUCGGGUUGAGCAUUUUCGGGUUGCGCUCUGUGAUGACCCGGAAGUAACACAAUGCGUUACUUCCGGGUUUCACCGCAUGCACAGACAUUCAAAAUGACAUCAUGCGCAGAAACGGUGCACACGCAGACGGGGGUUGCGUUCACUUCACGAUGUGAACAGGGCUCCAGAACAGAUCCUGUUCACAUCCAGAGGUACCACUGUAUAUAGAUACUCUGUGUGUGUGUGUGUGUGUGUUGAAACUGAGAUAGAUCCCAGCACUAUAAAUAGUGACAAUUCUAAGAGUACUCACGAUGGAAAAAAAAUAAGAGAUGUGAUAUAUACAAAUUAUCCCUUUAAAAAUUACUAUUAUUAUUAUUAUUAUUAUUAUUACUAUUAUUAGCUACAUAGAAAUUAGCAAAGCGGUUCUAUAAUACUGUCUUCAGAGUAUGUCCCACUGAGUUCAGUGGGGCCUACUCUUGGGUAAGUGGGUUCAGAAUUGUAGCCUAAAUUUUGUUUUCCAGAUUAAGUCCACAAGGUAUCAGGGUCUUGAGUCUGUGCAUCCUCCUGCUAUUAAGAUGGAUUUUAUGUUUGUUCUGUAGGAAUAAGUUGGACAGAUUGAAGCAGUUUCCAUUUGGGGGGUCAAUAGUGAUUUCUAAAUCAUGCAUAAAAGUAUUUUGUCGUCCCCCCGCCCCCCCGCCUAAUAUUCUGAUUGUGGCAUCCAGUAACAUUGUUAGUCUUCCAGCGGAAAUUCUCUUGAAGGAAAUAAUCCUUGCCAGCUUUCCUGCUUUUAAAUGUAAUGGUAAAGAUAAUACAGUGACCAGAUUUACAAUGUUAUAUAUGUUAGUGCUUUUUCUAGGCACUGUCUUUUUAGCUUAAAAAAUUCACUUUGCUCUUUUGAACGAUUUCUCUUUCUUCUCAACUUGCUGUUCUUAACAGGGAAACAGCAAAGAGUUGUCCCCAGCAGUGUUGGAGAAGAGGCAACGAAGGAAAUACGAGAAGGAGAGAAAGAAACGCCGUAGAAAAGAGUUGAGGAUGAAAGAAAAAAUGGAGAAGAAGGAGGCAGAGGAGGCUUCAGCAGCCAUUUCAGAGCCCCAGGCCCCAAAGAAUGACACCAAGGUCGAGAUCGUCUUCAAUAAGGUUGAAGUCCAUGAGGAAGGGCUUAGCAAGGCGGAAAAGAGGAAGGCGCUGAAAGGCAACAUUACUCCACUGACAGGGAAGAAUUACAAGCAACUCCUGAGCAGAUUGGAAUCUCGGAAGAGUAAGCUGGAAGAUCUGAAAGACAAGGAUGAGGCGAAAGCCAAGGAGCUGGAGGUGAAGAUGAAGUGGACAAAUGUCCUGUACAAGGCAGAAGGGGUCAAAAUCCGCGAUGACGAGGACCGGCUGAAGGCGGCCCUGAAGCGGAAGGAGAAGCGCAAGGCCCAGCGCCAGAGGCAGUGGGAGAAGCGGACUGAAAACGUAGUGAACAAAAUGCAGCAGCGGCAAGACAAGCGCCGCAAGAACCUCCAGAAGAAAAAGAUGGCCAAGGUGGAGAAGAAGAAAGCCAAGGCUCGCAAAAAGGGUCGCAUCCUGCCUGAGGACCUGGGCAAAGCUAAAAUUAAAUGA